AGAAGAGGGCAGGCCAAAGAAUCAAAUUCAUUUAGCCGCUGUGUUCAAAGGCAGGACUGCUCGGUAAUUUUUCUUCCUCCAGCCUCGUCCAAGUUUCCAACUCCUUCGGACGAUUAACGACGCUGUACUCGAUGGAGCACCUCCAUGGCCUGCUCAGAAUUCACGUCCUCAGAGGCGUCAAUCUCGCAAAGAGAGACGUUCUAAGCAGCGACCCCUACGUCAUUGUUCGAAUGGGCAAACAGAAACUGAAGACUCGCGUGGUGGAUAAGAAUGUAAAUCCCGAGUGGAAUGAAGAUUUAACUCUCUCUGUUGACGAUACAAAUCUUCCAGUCAAGAUUUUUGUGUAUGACAGAGACACAUUCAGUCUGGAUGACAAAAUGGGGGACGCAGAGUUUCAAAUCGGCCCCUUCGUAGAAGCGCUAAGGAUGGAGUUGAAUGGGCUUCCAAGUGGAACCAUAAUAACAAGAGUUCAACCCAACAGGGAAAAUUGCCUCGCAGAAGAGAGCUGCAUUAUCUGGACCGAAGGGAAGGUGGUCCAAAAUCUGGUUCUCAGGCUCAGAAAUGUCGAGAGUGGUGAAGUGGAACUCCAAUUACAGUGGAUUGAUAUUCCGGGCUCCAGGGGCUUAUAGAUAUUCACACACUCUCUCUCUAUCUUCUUGCUACUUUGUGUACAGACAAGGUUUGCAGAGUCUCACUAGUCAAGAGGCAAUCCAUAUAUGUGUUUCUAAGCUGUGUGACCUCUUUUAGCUACAAGCUGUUUAUAUUUUUGUUCACUUUUCUUUAAAUCAUAUUAUACUAUAAUGUCAUGUGGGUUUUAUCUUUCCAAUAUGAAAUUAGUGUAUGAUGAGGGUUGGGGAUUCAUCUGCAGCCACUUAAUGUACCAUUUGUAUUAUUAUUACCCAAAAAGAGGAAGUCAAGA